AUGCGCUGCAGCACGAAGAGGCUGCUGCAUGUGCUGCAGCAGCUGCAGCUGCAGCAGCAGAACGUAGCGUGGGCAGCACCAGUUCCUGCUAGAUCAAUUCGAACCGGAGGGGGGCCCCUGGGGGCCCCGCUACACCGCCCCUCUCUUUUGCCGACACUGCGAGACAGCAGCAGAACCGUUGUGAGCAGCAGCAGCAGCAACACGAGCAACAGCAGCAGCAGCAACAACAACAGCUACAUUAGCAACAACGGCUACAGCAGCAGCAGCAGCAGCAGCACCAAGGACAGUGCUGAUGCUGAUAGCACUAGCAACGGAGACGGCACAGAAGACACCUGCAGCGGGAACGACAGCAGCAGCAGCAGCAGCAACAGCAGCAGCAGCAGCGGCAACAAUGUGUUUCCCUGGGAAGAUGAAGUGUUGCCUAGUUGCUUCUUGUUGACUGCUAGGGGGGGCCCAUGGAGUUCUCUGCAGCAGCAGCAACAACAGCAGCAGCAGCAGCAGAAACAGCAGGGGGGCCCCCUAGGUGCUGCAGCAAGGGAAGAGGGCGCAGCAGAAGCAGCAGCAAGGAGACGAAGGUUUGCUGCUGCUGCUAAAGGCAGGCGUCUGCUGCAUUUCCUUGACGCGUAUCUCGCACAGCAGCAGAAGCAGCAGCAGCAGCAGCAGCAGGAAGGCGCACCGGCGUCUAUUCUACUGCGAGACACAGAGGCUAGCAGCAUAGUCUCCCCUACUGCAUCCCCUUCUGCUGCUGCUGCUGCUGCAGCAGCAGCUUCUGUUGCAGGCAGGCGCAGCAAGAGGAAGUCAGGCCUGCGUGCUUGUGUAUCUGCUGUUGCUGCUGCUUCUGCUGCUGCUGCUGAGUUGGGGCCCCUUGGCCCGUGGCUGCCCCCGAAGCUUCUUGCUGCUGCUGCUGGCUUAGCUGCUCGUGCGGUGUCUAUGCAAACGAAGCAGCAGCAGAAGCAGCAAACAGCAGCAGCACAGGCAUCAAAUGAAGAACUUCAAGCAGCAGCAGCAGCAGCAGCAGCAGCAUCUGGUUCUGCUGCUGCUGCUGCUGCUGCACUGCUGCGGAGCGCCCGCAUGCGACUGCAUGAACUGGGGCCUUACGAGUUGGCUACCUUAUUAGCCAACAUAAAUCGCUGCAGCAGCUUCUCACCGCAGCAGCAGCAGCAACAACAACAAGAAGAGCAGCAGCAGCAGCAGCAGCAGCAGCAGCAGCAGCAGCAGCAGCCGCUGCUGUAUGUCGAGCUGCCGUUGCUGCGGAGGGCAGUGCUGCCUGCUUUGGCCCCUUCGAUGCCCCGUCUUAAGAGCUAUCAGGCAAGCCUCGAGGCGCAGCGGGUAUCAUGGGUUUUGCUGCGCUGCUGCUGGGGGCCCCACAGGGAACUCGCGCUGCAGCAGCUAAAGGAAACGCUGCAUGCGCAGCUGUCUCUUUUGCAGCAGCAGCAACACGAAGAGCAGCAGCAGCAGCAGCAGCAGCAGGAGAUAUGGAAUGCCCCGACCUUCCGUGAAGGGGCCUCUCUUGCUGCUGCGCUGCUGCAGUGCGGCACUUUGGAUGCGCUGCUGCUGCAGCAGCUGUGGAGUGCUGUAUGCAGGGGCCUCAUGGGGGCCCCAAGGGGCCCCCACGGUGACACUGCUGCUGCAGUGCUGUCACCUGCAGCUCUGCGUGCUGUUGCUGCAGGGGCCCCUGCAGCUGCUGUUGCUGUUGAUGGUAGAAGCACGUCGCCGCUAAAGGAGUUAUCGGCCUUCUGCUGCUCCGUUCCUUUGAGGGGCCCUUCUGGGGGCCCCCUAAAGAACCUGCAAGGGGGCCCCCCAGGGGGCCCCUUGAGGGGGGUCCCCCCCUCUCGACUAGGGCAGUUAAGUUAUUCUUUAGGGCGGGGCCUGGCUUGGAGACAGGAGACAGAAGGAGACACAUUUGCUGCUGCUCAGCUGCUGCACCUCUCUGCUGCACUCCCUUCUGCUGCUGCAGUGUGUGGCGACGCACCGCUGCUGCAAGCAGCAGCAGCAACCGUCAGGAAGAGGUUGCUGCUGCAGUGCGACAACAGCAGCACCAACAGCAGCAGCAACAGCAGCAGCAGCAGCAACCCGUUGGAGCUGGCGGAGGCGCAACAUGUUGCUUGCUGCUGGGUGGCUGUCUCUCGUCUGCUGCUGUCGCUGCAGCCGACCCUCGAUGCUGCUGUUGUUGCGGUGUACCCGCAGCUAUCUGCAGCAGAAGCUCACCUUCUACUGGAUUACCGUAGUAGCAUCAGCAAGAGCAGCAGCAGCAGCAGCAGCAGUCCUGCUGCUUCUUGCAUGCCGCCCCUCGACAUCUUGGCGUCCUUACAUGAUGUUUACCCAGAUGCUGCAGCAGAACUAGCAGCAGCAGCAGCAGCAGCCGUUGCUGCAGAUUCUUCAGCAUUAUCAGCAGCACCAGCAGCAGCACUAGCACCAGCAGGUUCUGCAGUAGCAGCAGCAGCAGAAGCAGCAGCAACGGCAGCAGCAACAGAAUCCCCUGCUGCUCCAACGUCCGCCUUAGAAGCCCUUGAGCAAGAAGCAGCAGAAGCUGAGGUGUAUCGUCAGCGUGUUAAGAGGGAGCAGCAGCUGUCUUGUGUUGCUGCUGCUGCUGCUGCUGCUGCUGAUAGGGCAAUGAGUGCAUGCGAAAGGCUGCUGCUCGAAGCCACAGCAGCAGCAGCAGGAGGGUUUGCUGCUAAGCCUACUCCUCCGUUGUUGCUGCUGCUGCAGCAGUCUCUCGCUGCUCUGCUGCAGCUGCGCGAUGCGUUGGCACAGGAUCUGUUAAGUCGGUGGUCAGCAGCAGCAGCAGCAGGAAGCAGCAGCAGAGGGACAGCAGCAGCACCAGCAGCAGCAGAUCCACGGAUUGCCGUUGCUUGGGCUCGUGCUGCAGCAGCAGCAAACUGCUGCAAUGCCCCUGCAGAUGCUGUGCAUGCAGCUCUGCUGCUGAUGGAGAAGCAUCUUGUGGGGUCGAGGCGUGAGCUUGAGGCAGCAACUGCAGCAACAGCAGCAGCAGCAACAGCAGCUCCAGGGCGUGUCCCCGUAAAACACCUGCAGCAACUUGCUGCUGUUGCUGCGCUGCUGCAUGCCCUCAGCUCCUGUGGGGUCCGCCCUAGGGGGGCAAUUCAUUCUUUGCUGCCUGGCCUUCGGCGGGCUAUAUACUAUCAGCAGCAACAGCAGCAGCAGCAACAACAGCAGCAGCAGCAGCAGCAGCAGCAGCAGACUAACGAGGACUGGGGAGACGACCCUUUCGUGUGGCAGUGCUGGGCGGAUAUCCUUCUAUCUCUGGUGGAGCUGCAGGCUGAUGAAUCUCUUGGUGCUGCUGCUGCGCUGCUGCAUGCACAGUUGCUGUUGCGCUGUCCCCGUCUUAAUGAAGAGGCGCUGCUGCUGCUGCUGCAGACACAGCUGCUGCUGUGUUGCGGCUCCCCCCGCCUGGGCCCUUGGAGGCAGCUGCCUUCCUUGGAGGCAGCAGAAACGAAGGAGCUGCAAGCAGCAGCUGCAGCAGCGACCGCAGCAGUAACAGCAGCAGCACCGGCGGAAGCAACACUAGCAGCCCCAGCAGCAGAAGCAGCCCCAGCAGCAGCAGCAGCAGCAGCAAUGCCUAUGACCAACUGCAGCGCCGCCGUGCAUAAGGAGGGAAGGUGCCGUUUGCUGCUGUCUUCCUUAGAGGGACACAAAGAGACAACACAAUGCAGAAGUCUUAGCAGCAGCAGCAGCAGCAACAGCAACAGCGAUGCCGUGUCUGUGCUGCAUAUGCUGCUGCUUGAGGCAGAAAGGAGACACAGCAGCGGGCUGCUGCUGCAGACACCGCAGCAGCUGCUGCUGCUGUCGUUUGCACUACACUUCUUCGAGCAGUUAAACCCUUCUGCUGCUGCUGCAUGCAGUAAACUGCAGCAGCUAGCCAGCCGGCUUUCCUGGCGCAGGGAGGCCAUUGCAGCAGCAGCAGCUGCAGCAGGGGCAGCAGAACCAGCGGCACCAUCAGGACCAACAGCAGCAGCAGCAGCAGCAGCAGCGACUGGCUUAACGAAACUCUGUGGGACCCAUGUAAGGAGACAGCAGCAGCAGGAGACACAGCAGCAGCAGGAGACACAACAGCAGCAGAUACAGCAGCAGGUGCAGCAGAAGGAAACAACAAGAUAA